AUGAGGUACUCUACUCGAUUACUUCGUGAGUUAAAUUAAGUAGCCAUUCUUAGAACUUGAGUUGAGUUAAGUAAGGGCCACUACCUCUCUUAACCACUCGAUUUCUGACCUCUGGUUCGAAAAUUCAUCAAAGUCUAGUACGUGCAUUCCUCCUACCAUCAACAAGCCAACUAACCCAUAUCAGUCACACAUCGCGUCGAAAUGUCCACAACCUUUAAAAUUCCCUCCUCCGUCCUCUUUAACGGCCAAACCAUCAAACAACCCGUCCCCAAAUCCGCCACCUCCGUACUCGCAACAAAUCUCCCAUCCAUCGCCCAAAAACUCGCCGAGCUCCAAGAGAUCAACAUAACCAGCCUCCGCAUCUCGCACUUAAAAGCGGUUAUCUCCAAACAAGACGAGAAGAUCGCUGGUAUCUUGCAGGAUGUGUAAAUGCUGAUGUGGGAUACUCAGCAGCGGCUGGGUGAAGCGUAUUCGAUUAUUGAGAAGAUGUACGUCGGUUUACCGACGGUGGAUGACGAGCUCAGGGGUAUGGGGGUUACUGAGCAGGCUAUUGGUGAGAUUAUGGCAAGGCGUUGUGCGG